AUGGAGGGCGGAAGCGAGAUGGACGUGGUGGCCUCCGAUGAGUCGACGGGAACGCUCGAUUUCACGCGAUUGAUGCAAUUGGUCACUACCCCCGAGUGCCGAAGGGUGGCUGCCGCAUUGGAGGAAAUCACGAGAUCGAGUUCCAAGACGCUCAGCCUUCUCCGCUUCAUACGAGUCCAGCUCGAUCCCUCCUCGGCCACAGCUUCUUCAUCCUCUGCCACCGGCUCCAUUGACGAUUUGUCGAGUACUUCUGAUAUUAAUCGAGCCGCUACGCAAAUUUCAUCUUCACCAUCUUCUUCAACUUCGAUGGCCGUGGUGCCCGCCACGGAUCUGCGCCACGUCAUCGUGCUGUGCAGGCAGGUGCUGUGCCAUCUGCGCACCAAGCGCAGGGAGUUCUUCCCGCAUCUCGCCGCUGCCGUGUCGGGCCUGACCGGCCAGCUGGCCGACGCCGCCCUGCGGCUGACCUACACCGACCCGCGGCUGGACGGCGACGUGCGACGCGAGCUGGGCGGCCUCAUCCCGCUGAUGAUCGUCAGCGGCGCCUUUGCCCUGGGCGACGACGAGCCGCAGUGGGCCAAGGUGAUCGAGAUGACCCUGCAGCAGGGCAACUGGUACACGUGCGAGCGGCGCGCGCUCCUGCUGGGCCUGGACGACGCCACGCGACGGCAGCGGCACGCCGAGCUCGAGGAGAUCACGCUCACCCUGCUCGCCCAGCUGCUGCGCUUCUUCCCCGGCAUCGGCUACGGCCGGGAGCAGACCGACGCCAUCCUCAAGAUGCAGCUCCAGCCCACCCUCGCCGCUGCCCUGGCCGACGACAAGCCGCUCAAGGUGCGACACAUCGCGGUGGUUGCGACCAACACGGUGGUGGCCGGACAGGACUCGGAUCUGCUCCUCCCGCUCGACACCUUUGUGCCCAGCAUGCUAGAGGUGCUGAUGGCGCUGAGCGAGGCCGCUGAGUACCAAUUGCUUGCCACGGCCAUCAAGAGCUUUCACCAGUUGUCGCCGGAGCUGCUCAGCAGGUACCUCGACACGAUGUUGCGCUUUACCGCGGCCACCACGCUGCCGAACAGCGUUCGCUCGCUGGCCUUUGAAACCCUCACGAACUUGGCCGAGGAGGCUCCACACAAGCUGAGGAAGAUGACCGAUUUCAUACACAAUGCUUUCAGCAUUGCCAUUCAUCUCUAUCUCGAGGUAGCGUUAGUGAAUGAGGAGAGCACAAUUUGGUCGUACGACGAGGAAAAGGAGAUGGAAGGUGAUCUCACUGACGAAGAGGGGGAGGAGGAAGAAGAGGAAGACGACGCCGAGGAGGCCGCCCCUGAUUUCAUGGAGGGAAUGGACGAUGAUGACAACGAGGAGGAAGAAGUCGACGAAGAAAAUGAAGACGAAGACGAAAACGAAGCGUCCGAGAGUCGCCCACCAAAGCGGGCGCGUGUCGGAGGCUCAGAGCACCUCCAGCGCGGUGGGGGAGGUGACAGCAACGACAACGACGCGGAGUCCACGGGGUCGAGAGAUCCGCAGGAGCGCGUGAGGAAGGAGUGGGAGGACGGACCCGAGGCCGUGGCCGAGUCCGGACUAUCCUCCCUCGCGCUUGCCUUUGGGAGCAAGAUAACUGUGCCGAUCUGCAUGAAGUGGGUGGAGCAGUUUAUUCGCUGCGAGGACUGGAAGUAUCGCUAUGCGGCGCUCAUGUGCCUGUUCGCCAUCAUUGAGGGCUGCGAACGCGAGUUCUCGCGGGACCCGAGCUACGUCACGCAUCUCGUC